GCCCCGCGGUGAGUGCGGCGCGGCGGAGGGGCUGAGGGCAAGGGGUUGAGGGCAAUGGACUGGCGGUGUGAGCUCGCCCCGGCUCUUCCAGGGGGCUCGGUGUUCGCAAUCUCGCUUCCCGAAGCAUCUCUCGGUGCGGGGUUUCAAAUAAUGCGAGGCGGCAGGAAAGCGAAAACGAAAGCCGCGGAGCUGCGAGGAGGGCGCAGCGCGGCGGGAGGUGGGCAGGGAGCGGCGGGCAGACAAAGGCGAAACGCCGCUCGGGUCGAGGGGGUGGCACUGAACCCUGCCCAAAAGACAGCAGAAUUCCCCUUCGUUAUCCUGGGAGCUCAGACUUUCCUUGGCUUCCACACCGGUACACGCGUUCUCAGCAGAAAUUGCAAUUUCAGGAGUGUGACAAGCGCGUGGAUUUUCCUUUUUCUUUUUUUUUUUUUUUUCAGUGAGUUUUUCUUACAGGUUUUCAGUUUAACGCUCAGCUACUUGCACCGUCCGCCCGGGCCCAGUGAGCCCCCCGAGCCGUGCUGGGGUGGCAGGGCUGCAGGCUGAGCCACGCAGGGAGCGGGUUCUUCAUGAGCUGGCAUUAGCUGCUGAGGAAAUUCCUUCGGGGCAGCGCUUCCUCUGCAUGCCCAGCGCAACGCCUGGCCCUGAGCGCAGCCCUUGGGUGCUCUAACCUUGCCGGCUAACGGCAGUCCUCGAGAUGGCGGCCACGGCAGAAUUCAACAGUGUCCGGUCAGUGGCAGAAGUGCCAGAGGGAGAUGAUGCUAAGCAUGUUUUCCAUCACAGAAUGUUCUUGGAACCUCAGGAGGAGAAGAGGAACUUGAAGGCUCUGAUGGUUAAGCGAGCAAAGGAAACUUGCAGCUGCACGCCAGCCAAAGUUAAAGACUGUGUUUUCAAUUUCUUUCCCAUCUUGCAAUGGCUUCCUAAAUACAAACUAAAAGAGUGCCUACUGGGAGACCUAAUGUCUGGUGUGAUUGUGGGAGUCUUACUAGUCCCACAGUCAAUUGCCUAUUCUCUCUUGGCUGGACAGGAGCCUAUCUACGGCCUUUAUACGUCCUUUUUUGCAGGCAUUAUUUAUUCCAUAUUUGGAACAUCUCGCCACAUCUCCGUUGGUAUCUUUGGUGCACUUUGCCUGAUGGUGGGCCAGGUGGUGGAUCGUGAAGUGCAGAGAGCUGGCUACGACUUGGAGGCAGCCACUGUUCAUGCCCACACAGAUACAGUCACGCAUGUAAACACCACCAUUGUGCCUCUGAACCAGACGUCGCAGGUCCUGCUCUGUGAUAAAACCUGCUAUGCAAUAAAAGUGGGAGCCACCGUGACCUUCGUAGCUGGAGUUUAUCAGGUGGCCAUGGGUUUCUUUCAAGUGGGCUUUGUCUCAGUGUACCUCUCCGAUUCGUUGCUCAGCGGAUUUGUCACGGGUGCCUCCUUUACCAUCCUGACUUCACAAGCGAAGUAUCUCCUGGGUCUGGACAUUCCACGGAGCAGUGGUGUCGGCUCUGUCAUAACCACAUGGACAAACAUCUUCAGAAACAUACACAAGACCAACAUCUGUGAUCUCAUCACCAGCUUCUUGUGCUUUCUUGUUCUUAUCCCAACCAAAGAGCUUAACGAACACUUUAAAUCCAGGCUUAAGGCUCCAAUACCAAUUGAAUUAGCUGUGGUUGUGGCAGCUACUCUGGCAUCUCACUUAGGGAAGCUGAGAGAAACAUACGGCUCGAGCAUUGCUGGGGAGAUCCCAACUGGGUUUCUGCCACCCAGACCUCCAGAAUGGAACCUCAUUCCGAAUGUGGCUUUGGAUGCAAUCCCCAUAGCCAUCAUUGGCUUUGCCAUCACAGUCUCCCUCUCUGAGAUGUUUGCCAAGAAGCAUGGUUACACCGUGAAGGCCAACCAGGAAAUGUAUGCCAUUGGCUUCUGCAACAUCAUUCCCUCUUUCUUCCAUUGCUUCACAACAAGUGCAGCUCUUGCCAAGACUCUUGUCAAAGAGUCAACAGGCUGUAGGACCCAGAUUUCUGGCAUAGUGACUAGUUUGUUAAUCCUAAUAGUCCUCCUUGUGAUUGCGCCAUUGUUUUAUUCCCUUCAGAAAUGUGUCCUUGCUGUCAUAACUAUUGUAAACCUCAGAGGAGCCCUGCGAAAGUUCAAAGACCUGCCAAAAAUGUGGCAUUUGAGCAGGGUGGACACAGUAAUCUGGAUAGUUACUAUGGUAUCCUCAGCACUCAUCAGUACUGAGAUUGGUCUUUUGGUUGGCGUUUGCUUCUCUAUGCUCUGUGUCAUUUUCCGAACUCAGAAACCAGAGGCACCCUUGCUUGGCUGGGUGGCAGAGUCUGAAACAUACGAAUCCCUGUCUGCUUACAAGAACUUGCAAACUAAGCCAGGAGUCGUGGUGUUCCGUUUCGAAGCACCCCUCUACUAUAUCAACAAAGAGUGCUUCAGAUCCACGCUGUACAAGCAAACUGGAGUCAACCCAGCCCAGGUGAAGGCAGCAAAGAAAAAGGCAGCAAAAAGAAUGCUUAGACACAAAGAGGCGGGUUCUGGUGGCAACCAAACCAGCAUCUCCUUGGAGCUUGUCUCUGAACCCUUGGGGUUUCACACAAUAGUGAUCGACUGCUGUGCAGUGCAGUUCCUGGACACAGCAGGAAUACGCACGCUCAAAGAGGUCUGCAAGGACUACAAGGAGAUAGAUGUCCAGGUGCUACUGGCCCAGUGCAAUCCUUCGGUGAGGAGUUCCCUGAUCCGUGGAGAAUUCUUCAAAGAGGGCGAGGACCACCUUCUGUUCCACAGUGUGCACCAGGCUGUGGACUUCGCAUUGGGUGUGCAGGAGCACAAUAGGACCUGUGCUUCUAAAAACUAGCUGGAGGAAGGCAGCAAAUUGGAACAAACCCUGGAAAAAAACGCGUAUGAAACAUACGUGCACUCAGAUGGAAAGAGGCAGGGUUGCUGGUAACACAUUGGUUACUGUGCAGUGUGUUUUAAUGCUUUACUUUGCCAGGUGUAAUGAUUCAACAGGUGGUACUGAGUGAAGGCAAUUCUUAACUUGAUUGUGACCAGUCUGUGAACCAAAGAGUUUUCAUGUGGAUUUUCAUCUCAUUUCUCUUCUGUCAUCAACUUUCCAUUUCUGUUCCCCCCCCGAGUUUUGAUCAUCAGCAUUAAAGUCUUUCUGGAUGGGACAAGAUCCUGAAGGAGUCUGGGCAUCCUGUCUAACGAAAUGCUACAAGGCAACUUACUGUUUGUCCCUAGUUGUGGUAUUGCUUUUUCAUAUCAUCACACCUUUAUAUUUUUAAGGAAUGACUGACGGGGACUGUUUGCUCUGGUCUAUAACAUGUAGUCCUUAGCUGGUGAUUUUGAAACAGCUAGGUAAGUAAAAUCUAGACAUGCAGGAAAAAAGUCUUAACGAAUAGCUUUUAACUACCUAUCACCUCUAAAUGCUUUGUCGUCAUCUUCUGACAGGCUAAUGCAGCCAGAUCAACAGGGACAUGGUUUUCUAAUUUCUACACAUGAUUUUCUAAUUUCUUUACAUGCCAGGAAAGAUUGUCUCUUUAGCUUGGUUCUCUUUGAAUAAUCUGGAAGGGUUUUUAUUCGGAGGAGAUUGUUUAGAAGUCUGAUUCAUGCUUAUGGUCGAUCGUUCAUUUUCCUAAUGUCUAGGAGCACUUCAGAAUUGUGAACAUUAGAUAUGAAGAUCUGUAAUUCAUGGGUCUCAACACACUGCAGCUCUUCGUAGCCAGUUUUACAAGCCAGGCAGAGUCACAGGAGCCAAAAUGAAAAGGGCCUCAUAGACUAGCCAGCAUCUGUCAGUGUCACACAGACUUCGUGUAUGAAUACAGGUUUUAUUGACCAUAAAUCCUUUACACGUGUUCAGUCAUGGGCAUUUUGGAAUGGGGAUGGUAGGCCAGGAAGUACAGUCAUUAGAAAAAGAGCCAGAGAGGUCUGCUGGAAGCUGUUCACCAUGUUAGUGUAAAUAAAACUUUGUACUUUGCUUUUAAAUUAUGCAGAACCGUGAAGAGUGUCUAUUGUUCAUCCUAAAGUAGAAGCACUGAGUAGGAAGGCUGUUCUCUGUUCUAACAGCAAUAGAAUACAAUUAUGAAAGCAUGAUUGAAAGAUUAACUUUUUUUUUAACUGAGUGCCAGCUAUACCUAGAACACCAUACACACUUGGAAGAGGGUGGUUUCUCCCAGGGGAGUUUAUAGUCUGAGCUGCAGUUUCUUGGCAGCUUUUACAAGGGAAAAGAUCUUUUAUACAGACAAUAUGCUUAGUCUUGAUCAUUCAAAAAUAAUGAAUCAAGAAUCAAAAAGGUAAUAAAAUGCAAUGUAAGUCAUGAAACAUCUUCUAAAUAGAAAUCUAUUUUCUUUUUAGGAUUAUUUUCUUCUUUUUUUCUGAGCAACUAGUAACUAGUAACUUCUUUCAAUGAAAGCUGAAAUGUCACGUCACUUCGCUCUAGGAGCUGAGACCUCAAGAGAAGGAAUAGAUAGCAGAAAGAUGAGUCCCAGGACCUGGCAACAUUUAUAUGUUGUGUCCUGCAUUUUUAGGACAUUGUAGAAGCAUGUAGAAAUAUUUAGGAGAUGGGCAGAGGGACACACUGUAGCAUAUAACUGAGAUCCUUGAAUUAUGUGUUCUAGAACUGGCAUUAUUAAGGCAAAAGCAGGUCUUCAAAUACCAGAGAUAAAAUUCUAAUGCUUCUGCAGUGUUCAAAAAGCACAAAUAUUUUUCUUUCGUAGCCUUAGGGCGUGUUUAUACAAGGAGAUGAAUCCCAAACAGCUACUGCUGUUUUUUUUUUUUUCAUUUUUUUUCUGCAGUUUGGAUAAUUAUAAUUAGCAAGCUUAUGUUACCAAAGUGGGGGCCAGCGUCAGGAGGGAGCAGCCAUGUCCUCAGCAGCCCCAGCAGCCAGGCUCCUGCUUCAGGAGGGCUUUUCACUUUAAGCAAAAUCCUCCAUGCCAUUUUUAAACACUGAUUUUAGCUACUACUUUUCAAGACAGCAGAAUAGUGCUAGAAGCAGUGCCCGCUCCUCAAAGUCGUGAUGAAAAAUUAAAUCACAACAAACAAUAAACAGAGUACCCUGUUGAGGCAAAUUUUCAUGCUUACCCCCAGCCACUCUUUCUCACUCCCUUGCCCCUCGGGCAUGUAGCUGAGAGGGAGGGGAGGACCGAGAAGCUGCUCUGGCCCACCAGGAGACGUCCUCUGAAGCAGGGAUAAAGUAAAGUAGAAGCUGUUUUGGGUGAGUCUUUCCUCUCUACACUCUCAUGAUGACUUCUACCCUUUCCGUGCUGCCCAGGUGAAGAGUUUUUUGACCUGUAACUAUGCAGCAGGGUAACAGAAGAGGAAAACAACGAAUAUUAAACAACAUUUCUUUCAAAUUCAUUUCCACUUGUGCUAGGAAGGGAGGAGUAAGAGUGUUACUUCCAAGAAGCAGUAGUUCCACAGCUCUCAGGAUGCAUAUUUGUAGCACCUGGGUAUUUGUUUGCAUUAAAGCACAAUAAAACAGCCAUAAAUUGAUUUUCAAAGAAUUAAUUUAGAUUACAGCUAAAAGAUACACUAAAGUGAUUUAUGUUCAGCUAGAGCACAUCAUGCUUGGCCGCAGUGCUGUUUGUGCAGCCACAACUGGCAGUGUAGCCUCCAAAUUCCAUUUCAAACAAAACAUUAAAAAAGCAUAUUAAAAUGCAAUGGUAAAAGCAGCCAGCCAAACAAAAGAACAAUUUUUGAUGUUCUUAUUUAAGAUAAUAUCCGGAGGCCACAGUUUAUCCUCUGUAUAAACUCACACAGCCCUGGUUAAAAGGGAACAGAAAUAAAUACCAGUUGUCAGAGAGUUUAGUGUAAUAGAGAGUCAUUGGACGUUACCUGAAGAUUAGAGCUUAUCAUGGCAGGGAUUUCUUUAAACUGCUAUUUCAGACAUUUUCCUUUUAGGCCAAUAUUUUCUUUUUAACAGAGGCGUGAGUCUAAGCAAAAUCAAGCCUCCUUCAUAAGAGGAGUAUGCUUCAGUGUGUUUAUGGACCCUUUAAAAGUAAUCCAACUUCAUAUUUAGGAAUCAGGGACCAUAACUGAAAACUGUUUCCCUAAAGAAUGUGAUUUAUAAAGGAAUUUCAGGCAUGUAUACAUGCCUUUUGCAGCUGUUUGAUGAAUGCAGCAGCUGUAUUUCACCAGUUGUGUUUUUGUGAUGUGUCUUUUUUCUGUCCUGGAAGGGGCUCUUCUGCCGUCUGCUGUCUAAAAUAAACGGUGGAAUGCAUGUACUGGAUUUUAAAAGGGAAAGUCUGCCAUACCCACUGCCAUCUAGCCCUUCUCUCAUCCCUGCCUCACAGCUUAACGUGUGGUCUAUGGGAAGAAGGAAUCCCAGAACGAUUGGUUUUGGGAACGCUCCUGUGUCCAGAGCAGUGACGUUUGUCCCAGCCGCAGCCUUCAGAGCCCUGGGCCAGCCUGGAAGGUUGUGUAAACCACUGAUCUCCAGCGACUCUGCUCCCAAAGACAUUAAUCCGGCAAUUACCAGUCUAAAUGAGGAAUUAAGAGAUCAUUAGCAUAUUCAUUAAUGAUAACAACACAGUAUUAUGGAAAUGAAUACUCACAGUCUCAGCCACGCUAAAUGCUCCUGGAAAUGUCUUUAGUAGUCUCCUGCAAAAUGUCAGACUUUCUGCACUUAUUGCUGCCAUAUGUGGCAGAUUCAACUCCUCCUAACAUGCCAAUUGCAGUAAUAAAUGUUUAACUUGUGUAAAUGUUUUGAUGCAGAAACAGUUUUCAGUCUACUUCGUAAAGUGGAAAGGUGCUGCCACGAUGCACAUGGUGCUUAUUUUUGGAUUUAUGAUGACAUGGUCAACCUCAGUCUUGCACAAUUAAGUGAUCCUGAUUUCCUAGUAAGUCAUUGCAGCUCCAGCUGCUGCUCCCUAAUUCGCUGCCAGAUCCACCUCAUCACCCUCUUCCAUGCCUCUUUCUGUGAUUUGCUUUAAGGCAUUGUAUGUGUUUGACUGUAAGCAGAAGAAUCGUUGUAUAUUUUGCUAUUGUCUGUGAACUGCUACCUAGUUUUUGCACCAAGGCUAAAGCAAAAAGCUGUAAAACAGUCCCAAAAUCUCCCAGUCCUCUGGGCUCUGAGCCUGGGAGGAAGGGAGCUGCGGGCAGCCGGUGUGCCUUUUUCCAUAAUGAGUGUAAUAAUAACGCAGGGACCGAGUUCCUGCUCAGCGCUGCUGCAUGAGUCAGUGUCCUGUACUGGAUGUUAUUAGGGAUUUCUGGUUUUGUGCUUAUUUAUUUUUGUGUAAUUUUAAUCUAAUUCUGUACUGGGCUCCCCCAGCCAGGGCAGCUGAGCUGCCAUGACUUCUGCACUCCCUCCCCAUCGGGCUGCAGUGACAAACGGAGGGAUCCUCUCUCUUGAGAAAAAAACACAGCAGUUCCUUCAUCUCUGCUCACUUCUGCUGGCUUGCACCGAGAGGCCUGGCGUGCGGAGGGGAGGUUCUGCAGGCAGAAGAGCAUCCUGGCUGCCACUCUGUGCUGGAUCCUAAAUCUACAUCUCAAACCUUACUUGAGAAGACCAGCAACGCUGCACAUCUCCCUGGAUCCGGUUCUUUGAGUCUUCCACCCAAGGGCUGUGCAACCUCACUGUGCCUAGCCGCCUGCUGCCAGCGCCCUGGUGUUGAUGGUAGGAGUUUUUAAGGAGGUCAAAGUCAUCACCCACGUGACUGGACUGUUGGAGACUGCUGGUCUACAAGAAGAUCACAGAACAGAAACUGGAACAAGAGGAAACCCUGUUAGUUGAGGGUGAAACUCUUCAGGCAGAUAGUUUGUUUCAGGGCAUUAUCUUCUGGGUUUUCUUUCACAUGCUUUGGAAAGGUGAUUAAGUGAUUGAGGUGAUUUAAACUUUAUUUUAAUAGCAUUAGCUGAGCUAAUGAAGCUGCCAUGGAGAUAGCAGUCAUCUACUGCUAAUGCCAUACAAGGUGCUUUGUAUCUGUAGAGCUUGUUGUGCUUUGCGGAGUCUCAGUCUAGGAUGCCAAUAUUGAUGUACGUGUCCGCACUAGAGGGUUUUACAUGUCUGCUAUGCUGGCAUAGCUGGAAGGGUCGAUCUCUUCAGUGCAGAUGAGGCACUGUGCCUUUGCACUUUGAAUAACUUUGUUACAUCCCAAGAAUUACUUGCACUCAGUUGUCAUGUUUGUAAGCCUUUGGCGGAGCAGCUGCACAUGUGAGAAGCUACCUGUCUUUAUUAUUUCAAUCAAAUUCCACCUGAGGUGGAAAUCAUUUUGGGUCUUGCUUUUUCUUUUGAGAUGACCGCAAUGCUAAAAGUGAGGCCUCUGGCUAAGUAAAAUGGUGAAUAUUUAAUACAUACACAUAUGUAUUUAGUGCAUAAUAUAAUUAGUACCUUUCUAUUGUAUUUUAUAAAUUGGCACGUUGCUAUUUCUCUAAUGUGCAAAUACACAGAAUAUUACAACAUUUGAUGGAGAUUUGAUGGAGAAUCAAAUCCCUAUUGUGGAAAUGUACUGCCUAAAAUAUUUGGAUUGCCGAUCUCUGCAGCUCUGAAAGCACUUUGUUCUUAGUCCAGCUCCCAAGUGAUCUCAAGACUCCACAGGACAAUAGGGAACCAAACAUUUUGCUGGACUUGGGUCCAAGUUUUUAAUGUCUAAUCUUUGUCUUUAGGAAUAAAAUUUUGUGUAUAUUUGAAGUGCAGCUGAAACAUGCUUAGAGGGGUGAAGCUCCCCUUUUUCUGGUAAGCACAUGGUGAUUUGAUUUCAUCACCUCUGGUUGCUGACAAUCGUUUCUGGUACCAUGGUAUGCUCUGGGAUAUGAUUCCUGAAUUAUUUUAAAUUCAGAGUGAUUUUAGAUAUUAUUCGUGACAUAAUGUUGUGCACAAUAAAUAAUAUGGCAAAAACUGCCUGGAGCAGCUUUUUCACAUUUGGGAAUCCAUUUAAACAAACGUGACUUCGUGAAUGGAACAGGCCACGUUGGUUGGCUGACCUGAGCAGUUUACAGAAGUAGUUUAUUUCAAAAUAGUUUGCAGAAGUUGCAUAGCACGUAUAAGAGAUCGCCUUUUUACUGAUUUAUCUGUGCGGUACAAAUGAGGUGUAACAUUUCCCCCGGUCUGGUGCUGGGAUCCGUGGUGCUGGGGAAGCUGCCUGCUGCGGGACUUUGCUUCGUGCUGGGUGUGUGUUUGCCAACACAGACUUCACUUCGCCUUGGGCACAGCCUGAGAAGAGAUGCGAUGCCAUCAACUCCUCGUUGAGGGCUGUACUUGCUGACCAAAAUUUGCCACGAGAGCUGUAUUUUGUCAGUUGUUAUGUCAUACCAACAAAACGUAACAAUGGGUUAACAAUGGGUCUGCUUAUUGUUGCCUUUCCUUUACACUGUCUCCGUCUGCUAGUUCUUUAUCAAUUGUCAUUUUAAAAUGCUAAUGUGCCUUAUUGUCAUUGUAGAAGAUGUUAGCACAGCAAUUUUCUAUCAAACGUGGUAAAAUCUUUGUGAUUUCUUUACCAUCAUUAAAAGAUAUUUAUGGUUUUUUUUUUCCUGCUGUCAGACACAUGCUUGAUGCCUUAGAAGAUGUCACAGCUAUUAAUUUUAAGAGGAAAAACCACACAUAUCUGAACAGUGAACUCCUAAUCCCUGUUUCUCUCGCUAGAUGCAGCAGACCCUGUGGUAAAGCCUGGUGUACACACGGCUGCGUGCACAUCCUUAUUCCCUAAGCUAGAGCAUGACGUAUUUCAUAAACUAGAGCAUAGCGUUCUCCUGGACUUGUGUGUAUUUGGUACGCGGUGGCACACGUGGAAGUUUCCUGCCAACGUAAAACAGGGCACUGGCUGACGAUACACGGACAGCAGCAGGCUUCACCUGUUUUUGGUGCUCUGAGCAGCUGGGCUGCUGUUUGUGUCCUGAAGGGACAUGGCCAGCAGGAAGAAAAGCGAUGCCAACCCUGUGCUGUGUCAGGGUGAGCAGCACCCACCUGUGGGCCAGGUGCAAAUUCCUAAGCUGCAGGAAACAACAGCUUUGCUCAGGUUCGGUGCUGUGCUGUAAGGUACGUGUGCUUGUAGCACAUGGUAUCCACCCUUGUGGCUGUAAUAAAUCGCUGCAAUGUGUUUCGGGGUUAUUUGACAUAGCAGUUAUAUGCCCUGGUCAGGUCAUGGCCAGUAAGAGUUGGAGCAAAAAUAGACCAGCUUUGGGAGCAGUUCUGGGCAGUUACUGUAAGCAUGCGUGCCCUUGUGUUACACAAAGGAUUUUCUUGAUCCAGCUUUUACCUGAGGGCACCUUUUACCUUAGGAAACCUCAGAGCACUGCUGUAGUUCCUGCGUCGGUGCCAAGAGUGGUAGGAGCGUUCAGUUUCAGGUAAUGCCGGCAGGAGCUCUGUGCUCUCCUGAAAAGCACAGGACAGCCGUUGCCUUUAGCGGAGCACUGCUGAUGCCUGCUGAUGCAGAGCCCAGACGAUGGGCUUCUGUCAGGAGCACCCUUUGCUGGUGCCACGUGCGGCUCUGCCUUCCCUGCAGACAACCGUAAUUGUCUCCAUACGUGCUCCCGUGCCAGAGGAGACUCCCCAGCCACAUCUCCUUCUGUUAAAAAUCUGCUAGCAGAUCCAGUCUCAUCGUAUGGUGGGUGGUUAGAGAUGUGCUCCAGUUUCCGUGCUUCUUACCCCCUGCUGGGGCAUCUUUGAUUCCUGGGGCACUGAGAUGUGACCUCUGCAGGGUCCCUCCCCGCGGCUGUGGUGCAGGGAGCUCAGGAACCGCGCCGGGGCUGCUGUGGAGCCGUGGGGCACGGCUGCGGUGCUGGGAAAGUUGGAUUCAUCUCAAAUAGGGUGACCCCGUGGGCCGGCCGGCAGCUAAAGGGGCCGGUGGCAGCCAGCACGGCCUCGGGAGCACGGAGGGCUCGCAGGUAAAACAAACGGGCCCAGCCUGAAAUGAUGCUGAGCAACCUGGGCCAAGUGCCAAUGCGGUAUGAAAUACUAAUGUGUCUCCCUGCUUUUAUUUCAUUGCAUACAUCUCUAAUCAAUUUAAUCAGCUUACAGAGCCAUUAUAGAAUUUUCAGUUAUUAGCUGGAUAAUUUGGAAAAGGGUCAUAAGCACUGGGCAUUUAUCACGCAGGAAAAAGCAGGAAAACAGCAACAACCUGCUGUGAAGUUAGCAAGGCGUUGUUUUCAUCCUCCUUACAUAGGCUGGGAUCGCUCCCCAAAUCCUCUAGCUGAUGUGCUGUGAAGUGCUGGUCUCUUUCUGUGUCCUACGAGUGGGCAUCCGUGUUGGGGAAAGGACCUGGGGCAGGGCAUGUCGGGGGGACCCAAUCUGUGGGGUCCUCGAUAGGCUGCCAGGCGGUGUUUGACCUCUGUGGCCAAAGAUGCUCUUCUGCAUCCGUUUAGCUCUGCUAUCCCUACACCGAAUCCCUUUCCAAGGACGUAUGCUCCAUCUUGCAUCUUCCAAAAUACACUAAAAAAAGCAUUCCUUGUCUGUCUUCACAGCUAAUUGCUGGGAGAGAGCAGUAGUCCAAAUUAUCAUUAGCAGUCCUCUUUAUCAUUGUUUAUUUGUAGGCUCCUUGGACCUUCUCAAGCUUUAGAGCGGAGUGACUGCAUUAACAAGUGCAGUCAGCGGGUGACACUCCUGGCCUCACAUUUUCUGAAGAGAACUUUUCUCUUUGUCUUGCAUGCUCUGCUGUGACCCCUGCACAUUAUCAUAAACUGCCCUGCAAAAUAACAGGAGGCUGCAAAAAGUGUUUUAUUUUCUGGGAUGACCUAGUGUACUGCUUCCACAUUCUCUGGCUUUAUC